GACCCUGCAACUGCAGGAACGCAGAAGGCAUCCGCGCCAGCGCCGCCAUGAGUUCAGGAGACCGCGCCUCCUUCGGCCCGCCCCCCCCCCACUUCCGCCAGAGCUUCCGCUUCCGCCGGAGGCCGGGCGAGGCCGCUCUUUCCCCUGGGCUCGGUGGUGAUGCGCUGUCUAUCAGGUUGUCAAGGAAUCCCGGGUCGGGCAGCGGCUGGCGGGGAUCCCAUCGUUGCUUCAGUGAUUGUUACAUUGGAGCAUGAUACUGUUUUUCUCCGUGUUUGGCCCAUCUGACCUAUUGUGCUGCUCCCUACCACAAUGUCGAGAGACUCCAGCCCAUGUCUUCUGCCUCACUUCCCCUCUGAGACUUUGGUCCCUUCCUUAAUCAUCAUAGUUGAUGAUGGUUGAAGAUCUGUUUCCUGUAACUAUUUGCUGAACAAGGAUGUGUACCCUGCCCAUCCAGCCAUCAGCCAUCUCAAGCUGUCUCAUCUUUAUAGGACGUGAGAGAUUCUGAGCUUGGAGACUGCAGGAUCAUCAUUCUGUGGGAAUGUAGAUUAUUUAGAAGCCUGCUUGGAAGUUAUGUCUGACAAGCUGGACCCCAAUUCCCCGGCUGAUGGAUCAGAGCCACUUUUUUCCUUUGGAGUUAUAGCAGAUAUUCAAUAUGCCGAUUUAGAAGAUGGAUACAAUUAUCAGAGAAGCAGGCGGAGGUACUACCGACACAGUCUUGUUCACUUACAGGGUGCCAUUGAAGACUGGAAUAGCGAAAGCAGCAUGCCCUGUUGUGUCCUGCAGCUCGGAGACAUCAUUGACGGCUACAAUGCACAGUAUAAAGUGUCAGAAAAGUCUCUAGAACUUGUCAUGAACACAUUCCAAAUGCUUAAGGUCCCAGUUCACCAUACCUGGGGAAACCAUGAAUUCUAUAACUUCAGUAGAGACUACCUAGCAAACUCUAAACUGAACAGCAAAUUUCUAGAAGACCGGAUCGUGCAGCACCCUGAGACCACACCAUCAGAGGACUAUUACGCUUAUCACUUUGUGCCGUUCCCCAAAUUCCGGUUCAUUUUACUUGAUGCUUAUGAUCUGAGUGUCUUGGGCAUAGAUCAGUCUUCUCCAAAGUAUGAGCAGUGUCUGAAGAUGCUGAGGGAGCACAACCCAAAUGUGGAGUUGAAUAGUCCCCAAGGACUUUCUGAGCCCCAGUAUGUCCAGUUUAAUGGAGGAUUCAGUCAAGAACAGCUGAACUGGUUGAAUGAAGUUCUUAAGUUCUCUGACACAAACCAGGAAAAGGUGGUGAUUGUGAGUCACCUUCCCAUUUACCCAGAGGCCUCGGACAGUGUGUGCCUGGCUUGGAACUACAUGGAUGCCCUGUCGAUCAUAUGGUCUCACAAGUGUGUGGUGUGCUUCCUUGCUGGCCACACACAUGACGGUGGCUACUCUGAGGAUUUGUUUGGUGUACACCACGUCAACCUUGAAGGAGUUAUUGAAACAGCUCCCGACAGCCAGGCCUUUGGCACAGUUCAUGUCUACCCUGACAAAAUGCUGCUGAAAGGGAGAGGCAGAGUUCCAGACAGAAUUAUGAACUACAAAAAGGAAUAAGCUUUGUGUUUUUAGUCUCAUUAUCUUGUCUGCCUUUGUAGAAAGAGAAUGAUGUUUUGUGUUUUACCCUGUUGCAUAAAAAGUUAAAUUCUCGGUCC